AUGGCUGCAAUCGCGAACCUGCGCCACAAAAUCUCUCAUCACAAGCAUGAAUUGGGUGAAUCGCUUUCCAAUCACAGUGAUAAACACCGGCGAGGGGGCCCCGAAAAAGAUGUUGCCGAUACAGUCCAACAAGAGGUCCAAUGGUCCAGCGCCGAGGAUGAGGAAGAGGGUGGAGAAGAGAACAACCGGCGCGGGCACGGCGAGGCCAUGAAAAGCCUAGAUGAAUUCCUGGACAAUGAUGACCCUCCUGAAGCGAAGAAGCGAUAUGGCAAACUACCAUUGGUACAGUCUCAAGAUGACCCGAUCGAUCAUGACGCAUGGAACGCGGGUUGGAUUUCGCUCGCAGAUAUUGACACCAGUCUCACUGGCAAGGAAAUCACCUUUCGCGCUCGAAUUCACGUUGUGCGACACAUGAGUGCAAGGCUUGCCUUCGUGGUGUUUCGCCAGGAGACCACCACGAUACAGGGCGUGCUCCGCGCCAUAGACGGCGGGGUCUCUGAAAAUAUGGUCCGGUGGGUGGAACACAUGAGGGCAGGUUCCAUCGUCGUCGUCAGAGCCAAAGUCAAAGAGCCCGAACAAACUGUUAAGGGUACAAGCACUUCGGAUGUGGAACUUGAGAUCUCACAGAUGCGGCUGGUCUCGGCGAGGACGGCUCCUGUGCCCUUUAGUGUCUACGAGGCUGACGCAGCGACUGACGGUCACUCUAUAUCCGAUAGGGUCAGGCUCGCGAAUCGUAUUCUCGACCUGCGAACACCAUCAGCACAGGCAAUCUUCCGAGUUCAGUCGGCUGUGUGCAAGACUUUCCGACGCCAUCUCGAGGACCGUGGCUUUCUAGAGAUCCAUACACCAAAAUUACAAGGCGGAGCGACUGAGGGCGGUGCAGACGUCUUCAAGCUCGAUUACUUUGGUCGUCCGGCUUUUCUGGCUCAAAGCCCACAGCUUGCCAAACAAAUGUGCAUCUCGGCAGAUUUCCCACGUGUCUUUGAAAUUGGCCCUGUUUUCCGUGCUGAAAACUCAAACACCCCCCGCCACAUGACCGAAUUCACGGGAUUGGAUCUGGAAAUGGCUAUAGACAGGCACUAUCACGAAGCAAUGUGGUUGAUUGAUGCGACACUGAAAGAGAUCUUCAAAACACUUUAUGACUACAACAAGAAGGACAUUGAUACCCUGAAACAUCACUUCCCACACGACGACCUGGUCUGGCUGGACGAGACACCGAGAAUCACAUUCGCAGAAGGUGUCAAGCUGUUGAACGAAUCAGGUUGGACCAACGACGACGGAAGUCAACAGUCCGAGCAUGACGACCUGCCGACCCGGGGCGAGCGAAGACUCGGAGAGCUAGUCAAGCAGAAAUAUCACACUGAUUAUUACAUCCUCGACAAGUUUCCUGCAGCCGCACGUCCCUUUUACACCAUGCCAGAUCAAAAAGACGGGAAUAUCACCAAUUCUUUCGAUUUUAUGGUUCGGGGGCAAGAAAUCCUUUCUGGUGGGCAGAGAAUCCAUGAACACACACUGCUGAAGGAGCGAAUGGAAGCCCAAGGCAUGGAUCCAGAUGACUUGAAGGAAUAUGUGCAAGCCUUCGAGUGGGUGGCGCCGCCGCACGCCGGCGCUGGUAUCGGGCUCGAACGUCUUGUUGCGCUUAUCCUGGACCUAGGCAACUUGCGCUAUGCGUCACUGUUUUCCCGCGAUCCCAAGAGCUUCCCCGCGAAAAAGGAACCGAACCUGCGACAUCCCGAGGACAGCACUUUGCAUCGUCCCAAGGGCUAUCUCCAGCCGGUUGAGAACUUGGUAGCAAAUUACGGAGACGCCACGAACACUUCUUGGAUGGACGAGAGAUACCAGAUUUGGCGGGAUGACAAGACGGGUGCAGCUAUCGCCUACGUUCCUACGCAUGAUCGAGCAAUUAUUGCCGGAAACCCGCUGUGCGAAACAUCCCAGCUUGAAGACGUGAUUGCCGCCUUUCUGAAGUGGCUUCGGCGCGAGACUCGGCUCCGGCCUCUUUUUAUUCUUGUAGACAAAGAAAUCGAAGAGGUUCUCGGCGCUAAGAUGGGAUGGAAGAGCUUCACCAACGUGGCAGAGCAGCGGGUCAAUCUUGCUAAUAAUGAGCAUAUGACCAUCAACAGCGACGUUGACCGCAAGAUCCGGCACGCCUCGAAAGAAGGAGUGAAAGUGACAGAGUACGGCAGUGAGGUGCCGGAGGACGUGCGCCGGGAAGUAGAAAAGCGCAUCAAAGAGUGGCAGGAUAACCGCGAGGGUGCACAGGUCCACUUGAGUGUGAUCACGCCGUUCAAGGAUGCAUCACACCGCCAGUACUUCAUCGCCGUGGACGACCGGGGCAAAAUACACAGCCUGGUGGUGCUCGCACAACUUGCACCUCGGUGGGGCGUGCAGGUGAAAUGGGCGCUUGACUUCCCCGGUGCGACCAAUGGAGCGAUCGAACUGACAGUGCAGGCCGCUCUCAAGGCCGCUGCGAAGGCGGGUUACAAGACGUGCACGUUCGGUGCCGGCGCGACCGCCAAACUGAGCAGCGAGCACAAUGUCGGCAGUGUCAAGGCUGCCACGCUCGACUCGCUGUACCAGACCCUGGCGGCCAAGUUCAAUCUCGACAAGAAGACGGGGUUCAGGACCAAGUUCAACACUCUCGAAGACCCGCUCUACCUGUGCUACCCGGCCCGCGGUUUGGGACCGAAGGGUGCUCGCGCCAUCAUCGACUUCUUCCAGGGGGAAGAAUAG